GAGAGCACAGAGUCGCUGAGGGAGGGAGAGAGGACGGAGAGCUCAGAUACUAGAGACUGGUUGUGGUGCUGCAAGGCGCGUAAAAGGCGCGUUUUCGUUUUUACGCAGAGCGAAAAGUGUUAAAGAUGAACAGGUUUUAAUAGAUGGUUAUCGACGUAUCCACGAAAAAUACUUGUACUGAAUUCCUGAAUUUAAUAUUUCCAAGACAGCGGAGUCUAAGUGAAAAUUGCAGACACUCUAAGCAGAGCGAGAGGCGGAGAAGCUCUUCUGAAACUUUUGAUUGCUCACUUUGCAUUUGGCACCGGGGUCUUUAACUUUGCUAUAUACUGAAUCGGGUUUACAGACAGUGAUUUUAGUGUGACUUUCGGUCUUACUCAGCAAAAUGGAUCCUUUAUUUAAUACCACCGACGUGCCAAAUUGGACAAACGACACCAGUAACGGGACCGUGAACUGGAACCAGUUUGUGCAGCCAGUCUGGAGAAUUGUCCUGUGGGCCAUUGCGUACAGCUGUAUAGUGAUCGUGUCCGUGGUAGGCAAUAUUACGGUGAUCUGGAUUAUCAUGGCUCAUAAACGCAUGAGGACGGUCACCAACUAUUUCCUACUGAACCUGGCGUUCGCUGAAGCCUCCAUGUCCGCCUUCAACACGGUGAUCAACUUCACAUACGCCGUGCACAACGAGUGGUACUUCGGACUGGUCUACUGCCGCUUCCACAACUUCUUUCCGAUCGCAGCUGUCUUUGCCAGCAUCUACUCAAUGACUGCCAUCGCUCUGGACAGGUACAUGGCCAUCAUCCACCCUCUGCAGCAGCGCAUGUCGUCUACGGAGACCAAGGUGGUGGUGGGAGUGAUCUGGGUGCUGGCUCUGCUCCUGGCCUUCCCCCAGUACUACUACUCCACCACAGACCAGCUCCCCGGCCGGGUGGUGUGCUUCAUCGACUGGCCCGAAUACACUGUGUGCGACUACAAGAAGAUGUACUAUGUGUGUGUGGCCGUCCUGAUCUACUUCCUUCCUCUGCUGGUGAUGGGUUGUGCUUAUCUGGUGGUGGGACUGACCCUCUGGGCCAGUGAGAUCCCUGGAGACUCUUCCGACCGCUACAAGGAGCAGCUGACUGCCAAACGCAAGGUGGUGAAGAUGAUGAUCGUGGUGGUGUGUACGUUUGCCAUUUGCUGGUUGCCUUUCCACGUCUACUUCCUGCUGCACCAGUUCUUUCCUGACAUGUUUGAAAAAACGUUCAUCCAGCAGGUUUACCUGGCCAUCAUGUGGCUGGCUAUGAGUUCCACCAUGUACAACCCCAUCAUCUACUGCUGCCUUAAUGACAGGUUUCGUGCUGGUUUUAAGCAAGCUUUCCACUUCUGCCCCUGUGUCCCUCGAGGCUCCUACGAAGGCCUGGAACUCAAGUCCACUCGCUACCUUCAGACACAGACAAGUGUUUACAAGGCCAGCCGGAUGGAGACCACCGUGUCCACUAUUCUCCAGGUUGGGGAUGACGUGGAGCAGCCCAAGGUCAAGGCGAUAGCAGGUCCAGGGCUUGGAGGGGCUGUGGUCGGGGCCAAACCACAUGGCUCCUCACUGGACCUCACCUCGAAUGGGUCAUCAUCCCGAAGCGUCUCCAAAACAGUAUCGGAGACGUCCAGUUUCUACUCCAGUAACAACCUGCAAGAAUAGACCUCAAACACAGGUGGCGUUUUGCCAGACAGAAGGGAGAGUGAGUGAGUUGACUGUUCAGAUUGUUGCUUUUGCCUGCGUGUAUUGCUGCAAAAGUACAGCGUGAAUGUGUGAGUUUGUCUGCCAGUGACUGUGGCUUUGAGUUUUUGAUGAAUACAUUUCCAGUGUUUUCACUGGAACGUUAUGUUAGGUAAUUUGCAAGUGAGACAAUGUCCCUGGUCACUGAGUGGUGUCUUCACCCACAACGCCCUUGUAUAAAAUACUCAUGCCACUCACAGCUAAUGAUUAACUCCCAGAAAGGUUUGCUCGGUGCCAAAAACUGAUGAUGAGCACUUAGACGACAUGAGCACAUUCCAGUUCAAAAGCCAAACAGAAGCAGACGCUAGCGCAUCCAAUCUUCACAGCCUCUACUUGCCACACCAACCAUCUCUUAGUGCGGAGUGAAGGUUCACACAUCCGCAGUCACACAAGCUGUGUGACUUCACACAGUCUAUUUUGGAGCGGAGCUAUAACAUGAGACCAGCAUGCUGUGAACACAAUGUUUUUUUAGGGGUGUUCUCUGCAAAAUAGACCGAGCUUGGAGACCUUGGGUUUUCAGAAGGUUCUCUACACCUCUAGUGGAGAAAACCUGGCUUCCACAGGAACUCUGCCCCCAGAAGGUCCACGUUGAAAACAAAGGCAGAUGUGUGGUUUCAGUUGAAAGGCUCUCCCAGAAGAAAAACAACAAAGCAUAAACUCUGAACUUUGCAUGUUUGAGUGUGGGCAUUCAUGUGUUUGCUGAUCAGAAUGCCAACUCUAUCUCCCUGAGCAGGACCCCCUGAGCAAUUGGAUGUGCAAGUUGAGUGCCAGUCUGGUUGAAGGAGUGCUCUGAAGAUCCCCUGCAGGUGUUGCUGAAAAGUUCUGGCAAUUACCUGAAACGCCGGCAGCAUCUAGUUCUACUUUCAUCUGGCUAAACACUGUCUUCAACAGCUGGGAGCAUCUUCUCUGAAACAUAGAGGUGCUUCAAAUGGUGAGGAGGCAAUAGUGAUCCUCAAGUGAAAACUGACUAAAACCCUCAAUCCCAGAUAAUUCCGGCCAUGACAACACUAAACCCUGUCUAAACAGUCCUGGCGUGUAGCAUAAAGAUCGACCUGCAAUGGAGAGCGUCUGAAACAUUCCAGUUUCCUACUGUAUAAAUAGGUUCACAAUAAUAACUCUCCCCUGUCUGUGUAACCCGCUCCACCUUUAUCAGACACCAGGUCAUGAUCUGAAUGCAAGGCACCACUUUUAAACUGUGAAAUAUUUAUGUAACUCUCAUUAGCUGCUCUACCCUUCCACCUGGCAGUAACAUGCACUCUGUGUCUUAAUGCGAUUUGGCUGGAUUAUAUUUAUGCCAAACAAAUAUAUCUCCAAUACACAUACACAGUACACAUCUCUUGUUGCCUGUUUCAUUGUUUCAUUUUUCUUGGUAUCUGUACUUUCAAAUAUCCACAUUUUAUAUGCUGUCGCUCCAUCCAAAUGUAAUCCAGCCAUACAAGAUGCAUGUUAAUAUCAGGUUUAAAGGGCUUUGUAGACGUUGCAGCCUAGAAUGUGCACAAGCAGCCUGUUAGCUGUAGCUUUCUAAUGUGCAGUGAUGUGCCUUGCUGCGUAGCAUAAUGUCUGUAAAAGGGCGAGGGGAGUAGAGACGCAGCUCACUCUGCUGGGGUCCAGGAAAAAGGAAGGUUACAUGGGCUGCGGAAUCCUACUGGGACAAACUGUCUUAACCUCCUACAGUGGUAAACACGCACACACAUACACACGCGCUCACACAGAUACAUAAAACCACUGUAAAAAAUGACAAGCUUGGCAUGGGAUAUUAGUGAAAACAUAUUAAGCUUGUCAAACUGUCAGUACCACAGUGGAUUUCUUUCAAGACACUCACUUGCAUAGUUGCAUGUAUUUUUAUAUAUAUAAUUUCUCAAAGGAAAUCAAGUUAAUUAAUGGAAGCCAGAAGUUUUUUUUACCAAAAACAUCCUGGAGUGAGCGUAAUAACUAAAUCUUCCUUCAUCAGACACAGACACACACAAUGUGAGAAACAAGAAAAAAUCCACUUUAAUAAGUCUUAGUGAAGUAUUUAAGUUUAAAGAAACAUUUCUUCAUUAGUAAUGCAUUGGAAAUUAAUUCAACAUUAUUAUCACAUUAUCAGCCCUUGGUCGUGUUCAAAUCAUGUUUCGAGAUGGAUAUUCUUUGCAGCGUGCAUACACAACACAUGCACACACACAUUUGGAGAGUGAUCACCUGUUGACACCCAUCAUUCUACUUUCACACAUACGCACACACAGUUGCCCUCCUGACUCCUGAUUUAUUCUCAGCGCACAAAAGCUGUUGUUAUAAAUUCCAGUGUCAGCUGACAUGAAACCAAGGAACAGAUGUGCGGCAACAUGACUUUAUUGGAAUCACAGUGACAAUCAGUAUUAUAUCACUGUAUUCAUCAAAGGCAAAGCUGGCAAAACUUUGUCUUGGAGACAUGGAAACAUAUCUAACACUAAAGUAUGAACAUGGUGCAGGGACAGCAGGAGGUCACACUCACAGAGGCUGGAAUAUAAAAGUAGUACAUCCUGCAGGACAUUUGGGAGAUUCAUGUCUUGGCCAAGUCAUCAGUUCAGUGAUGAGAACAUCAAAAUCAUACAUCUCAGGCUUUGAUGCUGUGUGCUAACACAUUACGUUGAGUUAUAGUCUGGGACUUCAACUUUGAAAUGUUUUUACUACAAUUAUAAUACACAUUUGGUAGGAUAGUGUUUAUGCCCUCAAGAUUCGUGCAUUUUGAAAAUGAUAUAAUUUGACAUAUCAUUAACCCAAUAUAUUACUGUGAGUGAUAUAGCCAGAUUUGUUUUUGGAUGACAUGCAAUCAUUUACGGUAAAGUGAACCCCACUCCUUCAGUUAGUAUGGAAACACACGGAUGUCUUAGAAUGCAGGGAAAGCAGUCCCUAUACAAAUAAAUACAAAUAAAAUAUGUGAAAGUUGUGUUAAGACAAGUGUGUUCAGUUUAGUGAACACAGACUCCAGUUAUUUCUGUUCUUUUAUGCCAGCCUCUCGUCUCUGUAUGUUUAUGAAUCAAAUUACAUCAGAUACAGGCACAUUUUUCACUCAUUUUAGAUGUGUCACCCUGGCUUAACUGACAUCGAACUGUGUCUUUCCAUUAUAUACAACACACAGGAAGGACCUGAAUUCCAAACUGAACCAACAGCCUCUGUCAUUUAACAUUUGUAAAGUCACACAUUUUUAGGACAUUCAAUACAGUCCAGCAAAGUGGUAAAUAAUGGUAAUACUGAUUACCAACAUGCAAGUAAGAACGAACAACAGUGGAGUUUAUGCCGGCUUUCCAUCAAUUACAGCUCACUGUGGCUUAUUCCACGGUCCAGUUAAUUUUGUAUUCACCAGUGACAACCAGAGAGUAAACACCUGACAAAUAUAACCCAAUCUCAUGCUCUCAUUUCCCAAAUUCCCAGCCAGUUGGCAAGCUCCUGAAUGCACAAUUAGACAACUGAAUGACCUUAAAUAGAUUUUGGGAUUCUGAUGGUUGCAAACGGUAUGCAGAAUGAUUCAUUUCUCGUUUGUAUUUUAAGGAAUGGGACUGUCCUGGUACGAUGUCUAGAAAUGCAUGGACACAACACUUGUACAUGUGUUAUAUAUGUGUAAGUGUUGGACAAUAUUGGGCUUCUUGCUAACACUAGACUCAUUUCCAUGCAACAGUAUAUGGUACGUGUUUAAGUGUCUACUAUAGCUCUGCAGAGUUUGUAUGCUAUGUUCAAGUGUGGUCUUCGAGCCUACUACAGCUCUGAAUAGCGUGUGCUAAAGUGUUAGCCAGUGGAUUAGUAUGAAUGAAAGCCCCUAAACUUCAAAUCAUAAGUAUUUCUAUAUAGCAUGAAAUGUGAAUGAGGAAAUAAGCAUCAUUCAAGUCUGAAAAUAAAAAACUUGCAUCAUCGGGACUAUGUGGGUGUGGAUGAUCACAUUUAAAUGACAGUGCCCUGGCAACAUAAGCAAACAACCCACAACUCUCAUCAGUUUGAUUGAAAUACUGCUAAAUCCUGAUUAGUGCACAGAACUGAGCCCCACCCACGUCAAACCAGUGAGGAGAGCACAGGGGGGAAAAACUGAAAUCUAUUUGUGAAACUUUGGUUGAAAAUGUUGUUUAUGUAUGUUAGGACUUUUAAAUAACCAAAAUCCAGCCAAACAUUAAAUUUUUUGAGCAUUCAAAGAUGUAAAUUGGUCUAAAAUAAUGUUUUAGAAAUAAAUGCUGGAUUAAAAGAGAGCAGGAAAGGCAACAGACCAUCUCAGUAUCAGGACAUUUCAGCCUCAGAGUCCCAGAGCAAGUGAGCCGGGAGAGCAUUGCGGUUGAUGUCAUUAGAAUGUAGUUAUCUGAUUACAGUAUGAACGAGACCUGCACCCUUGAUGCCUCCUGCCCUGAUAUGAUGAUUUGGAGUCAGUGAGCUGGAUAAGGAAAUGUUCCAUGUCUGCAUAUAAUCCUCCAAGUAAAUUAUCUCAUAUUGUAAGUGUACAAGAGUGCAAAUGAGAUUGUUGUUGUCUCUAGCUUCACCAGUUUAUUAGUGUUGCAACAUUAAAAAAAAUUAUGUUUCACAGCCUUGCUAAUCUUAACAGCCACAGCCAUAGCCAUAAUUCCAGCAAUGCCCACAUCUAUAGCCAUGUGAACAGUCCCAGUAAAGCUACAACCACAGCUUGUCACAGUGACAGCCACGGCAGCAGUCAGUCAUGAAAUGAAUGCCACCACAUUCCUAUGUAGCUAACUGCAGAGCUUACAUAAACCAUUAGGUUUACAUGGCUGCUAAAGUGUUACAAAACCUUUACCUCAUUCAUGUCAGCUGCUAUCUUAGGUUUGUUUUGGCACACAACCUGCACCCAUCCAGCCACAACACUGAGUGCACUCCUGCUGUGCUCACAGCCAGUGGAAAUGGCUGCAGUUGGAGCUCGGCCCUGCUGGGGUCUGGUAAUGACUGAAUGGUGGUAACUAACUGGUGGUUUCCAACCUAUGUGUGAAACCUUAAUAGAAAGUGAUGUCCUUGUGUGAUCUAUCGUCACAUGACGUCUGAGCUUUGAGCUGUUCAUUUCAAGAGGGAUUUUUUUUUACCUUUUUUGACUUUGACUUUGUCAGUGUUUCAUUUAAAUAAUUAUUAGAGGACUGAAAAGGUAAAACUAGAUCUAAAGGUCCAGCAUGUAACAUUCAGGAGGAUCUAUUGGCAGAAAUGGAAUGAGUAGGGAGCGGGUUUACCACUGUAGUUUCUCCUAUAUACUUUGACAUUCAGUUGAGGUGAGCGGUUUCAGUUGGUUCUACAAACUCACUACUAGAUGCUACAAAAUCCUAUGCACUGGUCCUUUUUUUUUAAAAAAAGCCAAGAUUACACAAACCAAACUCCAAAUUAACUAACUAAUUAAUUAACUAUUAACUAAAUUUCAUGUAGGAGACAGGUUCCUAAAGUGGUUCAAAUUUGGAUUUUUCACAGAACCUUCACCUGUGGAAUAACAAAGUCAGGUCAAUUGUAAUUACUGUAAUUGAAAAAAAGGAUAGUAAUACAAAUAAUUGUGUGUUUACUUUAAGUGUCCUUUUUUUUAAUUUCUUUUUAACCUGUGGGCAGAGAAUGUGAUUAAGCCACACAAACAGGGUAACCAACCAUGUCAAAGAGAAAUGAAUCUGAUUGAUUUGGUUUGUUAGUGCAAUGUAAAAACAUCAUAUAGAAUGUGAAUCCCAGCCAACCCCCUCUCAAUUUAAUUAAAGGGGUAAAUGACCGGCCUAUUAUUAUAUAAUGUAUCCAGAGUAUCCAUUAAAAUGUAUCAGCUGUCUGAGCCAGUGAGAGGAAUGUAGAAGUGGAGUGAGCACUCUGAACGUACACUCCAAACACACAUCUUAUCAUCUCAGAAUCUUUUUAUUUAUUUAUUUUUAAUUUGACCGCAGUUCCCUAAUCAUAGCCAGCAAGCCAGGGAUAAUCCACACCCUGCGUCCUGAAUGCAGAGUAUGUUCCCCUCAAACGCCCAUCACUUGGACGGGUCAAGUGGAGCGUUUGAACGAGAGGCUGCGGCUUUAAUGAAUGUGUAAUCAACUUUGUUCAGCGAGUGCUCCUUAAAUGAGCGUACGGCAGGCUCUCUCUUUCUCUCUGCCUCUCUAAUACACAGACACACACUCACAGCCCUCGCUGAUGAGCGCUGUAGCGUUGGAGACAAAAGAUGCCAGCUUGUUGCUGAGGAGAGGCGCCAGGCAGGCUACACAGCGGGGUGAAUAGCCUCAUCAGCACCAUCUCUUCCUGUGUUUCUAUCCAUCACUCACUCUCCAAUCAUGUUAAUUACAGCAGAGAAGUGGAGAGGGCAACCAGCCGAACACACACAGAAGCAUACACACACACACACACAUAUUUUUGCCAGUGACAUGGAUGCAUGCUUGUGUGAACAGAUUGGUGCACUUAUCUGCACAGUGACCUAAGUAGUUUUGAGAGUGCCACACGUGGCUAGCGUUUAACAUUCACUGAUGACUCACAGUGCACUUCAUUGAGAAAAAUAUAUGUAAUUUAUAAGAAUGUGUGCACAAAUGAUGCUCCAUCCAAAGUAAAUGGCAUCAUGUGCAUCAGUAUAAAAAGAGUAAUUAUCUUAGUUGCAAGGGUCAAAACCACAGCACCCGGCAAAUAUGAACUAAAGAGCAGCGAAGAACAACCUCUGCAAUAUAUAAUCGAUGUAAAGAUGUGUGUUGCUGCAGUUCAGCGGCUCAGUAUUGUUGCUUUGUGAAAAGUACUCUUUGGUUUUCUUUAUCUUGCACAAAUGCCAACCUUUCCAGUGGUCUCUUUUGUGAAUCUGCUGUACUUUUGAAUGUGACAUUUUGUUUACCAUGAUAUAGAAAUGUCUGUAUCUGUGUUGUGUUGUGAAAUUCAUAAAUCUAUAGAAAGAUGUACUGUACAGAACAUGGGACUGUGAGUACUUUGAGGAAAAGGGAUUGGACUCUGGGGAACGAUUCCGACUUUGUGCCAUGGAGAUACAUCUCCAUUGUGUGUGCCAAUACAGAUGGUCAUAUACCUCUCCAUCACCCUGCAAUUGACUGUGUCUGAAAUUAAUAUUACUGCUUUUACUGAAUCUACCACAUAUGGGAAAUUUGGUUCCAGGCAGGGUGAGCCUCUAGUUUUAUUUAUUUAAUAGCAUCAGCUUGCAUUAGCCUUACUUUAGCCUCAGUGCAGUGGCAUUUAACAGCCCUACUGGGUUUGCCAUGUUACAGUUUGUGUUUUUGCUCUGCAGUCCUGUAAGAAUAUGAAAUAAAAAUGUAUGUUUAAGGAUGAGGCACGCUAUAUUUUAUAUUUUCUUUAUUGUCAACAAAUCCCAACAAUUAGCCAUUUUGUCUCAGCCUGAAUUCAUGUUCUUGUUACCUGUUUUCUUGUUUGGAGGUGGGUUACAGUCAUUAGUGGGUAAUGCAUCUCCUGCUGACGUCACGUUGACACAGAAGCUUUCAGGAAGAUUUUAAAAAAAUGUAUUAAAAGAUCCAGCAACAUUUAGGAGGAUCUAUUAACAGAAAUGGAAGGAUAACAUUUCUUCCAUAACUAUUUUUAAUAGAUACAGAUCGGCAGCUAGCUAGCAUGGAUGUAUUACAAGACAUGGGUAACAUAUGGCACCCAGUUAAAUGAGAAGUUGGUCACACAUCGCAUGAAAAACCUGAAUCUUUGGGUCCACGGAGAAAGCACACUAUAGUACUUCUCCAGCCGAGGCGGUGAUUCAGAAGUUACGACCAAUGCUACACAAAUUAUAUUUUAAAAAAGCCAAAACCAACAAUGAAUUAAAAACACACAUCAAUGUGACCUUCUCCUUUAUUACAAUAAACACACAAACUGAAGUUUAUCUUACUACUAGGCUUACUGAGGCUUUUUAAAAGAAGUAAACUAUAUAUUUUUGACCAGAAUUUAAGGAUUUACUUUUUUAGUUGGAACAAAUCAGCUCGGGGCUGACUGAGUGCCCCAGACAGGUUAGAGAAGUCAGAAAGUAUUGCAAGAAGGAUUAAUGCGUUGUUGAUUUUGGUCUUCUGGGGGAUUUGUUGACAAUGAGAACCCCAGCCUUAUCCUUUAAAAUGCUGACUCUCAGCUUUAUUUGAGGGUGAUUACAUUCACAUCCGAUCAACCAUGGAGACAUUGUAGCUCUUUGAAUGCAUACACCCCAAAGGUACAGAUAUACAAUUCCUACUGUUCCCCCAAGAUUUUAUUUUUAAUCCCUCAAACACCCUUAAAGCUAAAAGUCAGCAUUUGAACCUCGCAGUCAGCGUUUCAUUUGAAAUCCAAAGUGCUGGAAUACAGAGCUAACUGAUACUGUGCCAUAUGUGAACAUAUGUGAAUACCGAACAUGAUUAAGAGAUAUAAAUCUGAAACAUACACUGCGUAGUCAUCAGGCACAUUUCAGACACAGCCAUGUGUGCCAGUCUGAGUUCUAUACUGUAUUGAUGUUUUGCUUGUUUCUAUCAUGCUUACUUAUUCCUGAAUGAUAUCUAGGUUGAGACAGCAUUUUAAAUACCUCUGUUUCUUCAAUUCAACCAUGCUUUUGCCAUUUGAAAAGAAAAAAAAAUUAGUUAAUCUUGUGUAUCUUUUCAAUGCAAGUACUGCUCUGAGGUGACUGUGUAUCUGUUACUGCUGCCAUUGUUACCUGCCAUUUGUGGAGUCACAUUUACUGUACAGUGGGUGUUUUUAUCUGUGCUUAUUGCCAAAAUCGGGUAUCAAUUUUAAUGUGUUCCAUUAAAGAAAAAGAU